AUGCUCCAAGAUCACUUAUUCAUUUGUCACCUAAGUCCCUUUUUUCUGCUCCUCCCUAACUCCGCCUCUUCCUUCCUGAUUUUUCUUCCUUCAUUCCGGUCCUCUCCUAUUCUGUCGACCCUCGUCACCCACAAAGAGAUCGACUUCAAACUAACCUGUCGUUGGUUUCUCUUAUUACAUUAUUUCUUCUUCUUCUUCUUCUUCUUCUUCUUCUUCUUCUUCUUCUUCUUCUUCUUCUUCUUCUUCUUUAUCAUUUUCUUCUAUUUUUCUUUAUCUUAUUCCAUUCUUCUUUAUCAUUCUCUUCCUACAUUUUCGUUUUCUUCUUCUUUAUCAUUCUUUUCUACUUUAUCUUUUUCUUCUUCUACUCCUUCUUCUUCUUCUUCUUCUUUAUCAUUUUCUUCCUACUUCUUCAUUUUCUUCCUACUUCUUCUUUUUCUUCUUUUCUUCUUCUUUUUCUUUAUCAUUCUCUUACUUUUUCUUUAUCUCCUUCUUUAUCAUUCUCUUCCUUUCAUUUCUUUUACUGGUUGUAUUAUUCAAUUGCCUUUUCUUCAUUCCUUCUUUCCUCGAAUCGAGAGAAUGAAAAGAAAAUACCACCAAGAUUACUGUUUAUUUGGCAUUCAUUUUCUUUCUAUAUUUCUCAGCUCUCUUUUCAGCACUCUACCACUCCUUUCGUCUUUCGACAUUUUUUUCUUUUUCACCCGCUACAACUAA